AUGGGCAAGGAAGCUGCUAAGUUCACUCCUGGUGACUCUGCGAAGGGCGCCAAGCUUUUCCAGACUCGUUGUGCUCAGUGCCACACCGUCGAGGCCAACGGUCCCCACAAGGUCGGCCCCAACUUGCACGGUCUGUUCGGCCGCAAGACUGGCUCUGCCGAUGGCUACGCCUACACCGAUGCCAACAAGCAGGCUGACGUGACCUGGAACGAGGACACUCUGUUCCCCUACCUCGAGAACCCCAAGAAGUUCAUCCCUGGUACCAAGAUGGCCUUCGGUGGUCUCAAGAAGGCCAAGGAGCGCAACGACCUGAUCACCUACCUCAAGGAGUCCACCGCUUAA